AGGGCGCGCGACCCACGCGGUCGGCGCUCGAGCGGAGCUGGGGUGGUGUGGCGGCGGUUCCUGGCGCGGCGGCGUGCCGCUGCGAGGCUCCAGCGACUCGCCGGAGGUCGUGGUUGGCCGCAAUCGAAGUUGUCGGCGCGGGACCUCCGGAUCUGGUGCGGCGCCGAGCAGGGGGGGCGCGGGCCGAACCGGCGGUUGCUCCCUGCGGCGGGCAGAGGAUGAUAGCAUGGCUUGCAUGCCAUAGCUAAUAGUAGCAAUGUAAGUAUAAAUCGGAUAGCUAGCUAGCUCGGAUAGGUGCUAAUCACCAGAAAACAAAAGGUGCGCGUUCUGGUCCCGGUGCUUCCCGGCCGGUGAUGAUGGCGUUGCUGCCGGAAUUCGAUCCAGCGGACGUGGGCGCCGGCCGCGGCCUCAUCGACCGCCUCACCGCCGACGCCGCGGCGCUGCAGAGGGACGUCCUCGCGGAGAUACUCAGGCGGAACUCCCACACCGAGUACCUCGGCCGCUUCCUGGAUCGCGCAUCACCAGGCGCCUCGGCCGCCGACCUCCGCGACGCCUUCAAGGAGCGCGUGCCCGUCUCCGCGUAUGAGGACAUCGAGCCGUACGUGCGCCGCGUCGCCUCCGGCGAGCCGUCCAGCAUCCUCUGCUCCGAGCCCAUCACCCACCUCCUCACAAGCUCGGGCACAUCCGGCGGGCAGCUGAAGCUCUUUCCAUCCACCGCGGAGAAGCUCGACCAGCGGCUGUUCUACAAUGGCGUCCAGGCACUCUUGAGGAAGAUGCAUCUUCAUCCUGAUCAGGGAGACAGACGCGGCAAGGGGAUGUACCUCAUGUUCAUCUUCCCUGGAAGCCUGACCUCAUCCGGCCUGCCUAUCAUGGCAUCCAGCAGUGCCUACUACCACAGCAGCCAGUUCCGGGAGCACGACAUUGGCGGGUUUGGCCGGUGCACCAGCCCCAUCGAGGCGGUCCUCUGCCCAGAUGGCAGGCAGAGCAUGUACUGCCAGCUGCUCUGCGGCCUGCUUGACCGUGGAGUCGUCGACCAUGUCGGCGGCACCUUUGCUAACGCUUUCAUCAGAGGCAUCCAGUUCCUGGAAGACAACUGGGAGGAGAUGUGCUCCAACAUCCGCACUGGGCGUCUCAGCGACUGGAUAACACAUGCUCCUCUGCGUGAUGCCGUCGCUGCGCGUCACCAGCGAGGACCUGACCCGGCACUGGCCGACGAGAUUGCAUCCGAGUGUGCCAGGAAGCCCUGGGAUGGGAUAGUCAGGAGGCUCUGGCCAGGAGCUCGGUACAUCCUAGCCAUUGUCACCGGCUCGAUGUCGCAGUACAUUCCGGUUCUUGAGAGUUAUGGUGCUGGGCUGCCAUUGGUGUCACCUAUGUAUGUGUGCACAGAGUGCGCCGCGGGGAUCAAUCUGAACCCUCUUGAUAUACCUUCUGCUGUGUCGUACGCAUUGCUUCCAAACAUUGCCUACUUCGAGUUUGCAGAGGUUACGCAUGGUGACGAUGAAAAGGUGCAAGCGGGUACUGGUUUGUAUGACAAUUUGGGCGAGUUAAAGCUUGUGGAUCUUGUGGAUGUCAAAAUUGGUCGGCGCUACGAGCUGAUUGUCACCACCUUUGCAGGUCUUUACAGAUACCGAGUGGGUGACCUUCUUACUGUGAGCGGAUUCUACAACGCAACGCCACUGUUCCGCUUCACUGGAAGGUGUGGUGUCGUCUUAAAAAUAGACUUCGAGAGUAUAAGCGAGGAGGAUCUCCUGAAGGCCAUUUCACAAGCAUACGAGCUGCUUCUUAGGCCUCUUGGUUACAUGCUUGGUGGCAGCACUGCAUAUGCAGACAUAUCCACCUUGCCUGGCCACUACGUCCUGUUCUGGGAGCUAGCCACUGCAGAGGGUAACCAAGUCGCGACUGACAUCGAUCGAGCUGUCAUGGAGAAUUGCUGUUUGGCCGUGGAGAAUUGCUUUGAUCAGAUGUACCGCAAAAGCAGGCGCCGAGGGUCGAUCACAGCACUCGAGAUAAGGGUACUUGAGCGUGGCGCAUUUGAUGCUCUCAUGGACUUGUUUCUGUCCAGAGGCACAUCGGCCAGUCAGUACAAGACUCCAACGGCUAUUCGAUCAGAACAAGUGCUGCUGGUGUUGGAGGAGAGGGUGUCAGGAAGGUACUUUAGCCAAGAGACUCCCAACGGCCCUUUGUAGUACGACUAUACGAGAGGAAAUGGUGCUGGUUAGUAGGUGUGCAGGACGAGAGGAAAUGGUGCCUAGGCAGGAAGGCAGCCAAGUCCUUGUUGGCAUGUUGCUGUGGGUCUGAACUUGAACACUUACAAUUUAACAUGCUUGUUAGUAGUAUGAUUCAGGUUGGAGAACUUA